AUGGCUACGGCUGCAGCAUCGCUUCAGCCCUCAAAGCCGAUGGUUCCCCCUCCCAUAAAUGGAACGAGCACCCACGAUGGGAGCACGUCGCAAACUCCCCUGCCAGCCUCUGUGAGCCAGAGAGGCGAACUUCAGGGCUUCGGCGUCCUGCAACACACUGGCCCUCCGGUACAGGAUGAUAUUCCUGGCUUAUACCGAGAUGGGCGCGUUCGAAACCCAGUCCCCAAUAAGCUGAAGGGCAAGACCGAUGCCAAAAAAGGAAACUUUGGUGUCAUGCAUAUCGACUUAACUACUACAAACGAGACCCAGGAACGGGAUGCUGCAGCGAAAAGGACGAGCGAAAGCACUCAGCUAGCAGCGAAGCUGGCCCAAACAGAUCGAUAUGUUCCCAUCAAACGAAGCAAGUUCGUUUACCGUCCAGAUGGCGAGCUUGCUUCCAGCUCACCACAGCCUACAAGCCUUGAUCGAACUCCAACUCACACCGCUGCUGAGAUCAAAGCUGAACAAGCUCGAUUGUUAACACUGUUGCGAAGCCUGCACCCCGUACUAGUGGUUGAUCAGCUAUGCAAAGCGUUGGCCUUUUUUGGCGGUAUACCUGGUGCACAGGCAUCGACUGAUGGGACUUUCCCUGAUAGUGCAGAAGCGAAUGGCUCGGGCUCUCUGUUUAUUGCCUGGCUGGCUGAAAUCUUCCCAGCACUUGAUCCUGAGUCAAUGGCGAAUGUGUCUCAGGCAACAAUCAAGCGGCCGCGGGGACGUCCCAAAGGGAGCAAAAAUGCAAAGGGGAAAAAGUACAAGACAUUUAACAAGCGUCUAGAUCUUGACAGUCGCUUGGCUUCUGCGUCUGAACGUAGUGACGUGGGUGACGGACGAUCUAUGAAUUCAUUUGUAGAUGAUAGCUGGGUGGAUAUUGACGGAGCAGUCGACAACGAGGAAGGAAAUACAGUAGAGUUGACUGAAGAAGGUGCUGGAAGAAUGGCAGCGAAUUCGCAUGGCAACAGUCGUUCAACAGCUGGUGCUGAAGUGCCCGGCGGUGGACCUGGAGGUGGCGAUCCCAGUUUUACCAUUGCUAAGUCGACUCUGCGGCGGCGAGGGAGGCCUAAAGGUUCUAAAAAUCGCCCCAAGGGCACGUCGCUGGCUGGUGUCGGACAGAAAGGGGCAGGUGAUGUGGGCUCAGCUGUGGUCACGGGAAGCUCUGGGUUGGCGUUGAGUACCAAGAAGCGGAAGCCUGGUCCUGGUCGACCAAAAGGGUCGAAAAAUCGACCGAAGGAACCAAAGGAAUCGGAGGCAACUGGAACCAGCGAGUCAAGUCCAUUGCCGGCGCCAACCGUUCAACAGGGGGAGCGUACAGGCGAAGCGAGGGGCUCCGGGACCUUCGAAAGUGGUACACAAACCUCCUUGGCGAUGACGGCGACAGCACAUGCUGCACUUCCCCACAGCCCUCGUCAAGAAUCAACACUGAUAAUGCCCAGGCCAGUGACGCCGCAGGCUUCUGAUGAUAUUGGUACGGUCAAGUCAAAUGCUGGUACUUCCAAAAAUGUUAAGCGGAAACGGACGUCUUCCGUCAUGACAAAGACUUCGAGAAGUGUCGAAUUUCCAUUACAGAAUAACCUGCCUCCUGUCCAGCUGAUUGCGGACGGCACUUCUCAGGUGAUACGACGUGUCGAGUCUCCUGUUGCUUUUGGCCCUCCAGCACAGCAACUCUCUAAGAAGCGGAAACUCUUGAAAGAACUACCCCAAAACGCUGCGCUCAAUAGCAAGACUGAUCAAUCAAUCGGCAACAGCGCGGUUCUUACUGAUCCAGUUGGUUUGCAGGUGUCACAACCAACCCUUUCAACCGGUGACUACGGAGCCGCGGCCGUAAGAGUUGAUAAUCAGAGCAACAUGCGGAGCGUUAGAAAUCAGUUGACUGUGUCGAUGAGCUGUUCGCCUCAUCAACAAAAGAUCAAUUCACAAAACAGUGUGUCCGACUUACAGGUCGACUACAAUCAAAAUCCUCAUGAUCCAGGUAGCAACAGCAAAUCGCUGACAACUGGCCCCUAUCCGAUGACACUCUCUGGCAGACCGUCACAAAGCUUGUACAGUCAUACUGUCCAGACUCAUUAUGGACAGCAAACCCAGCGUCAGCAACAGCAACAGCAACAGGAUGUGCAACAACAAGUCCAUUCUCGAAGUCAUUCUUACCCUGAGCAGCGUCUUAUGAACUCAAGCGCUAGUCAGUUGCCGUCAGCGGGACAGAAUGCUUCUGACAGUGAUGGAGGAUACCAGGGACUUAUAUCGCACCAGCCAUCAUUCAGAGCGCAGGCUACAAUAUCUACAUCUCCCGACAGUAACUAUCGAACUCCUGCAUCCCGUUCUGUGCAAAACCAAUCUCCUGCUUUUCAGUCACGUCAAGUGCAUCAUACACCCACGUCAAACAUGUCCUCAUUUCAAGAAUAUACGGACUCGCCGUUCUUAGACAUGACGGAUCUCGAGUCCGCAAGCCAAGGCAACCUUCCCAUAGGACAUUCAUCGUACGGUUUAACCAGUGGAAACAUGCAGCGGUCAUCAUCCACUGUUAACGCAUCUUACAACUCAACCACAGAUAUGGGCCAUUCAUUUGACGGCUCCAUGACAGAGUCUGCACUUAGAGAACGCAUGUAUCAUACUUUGAGGCGCCAGUAG